AUGAAACAUGCGAAGGAGGUGGCAUGCCAACAAAGUAGUACGUCAACGAGGGCAUCAUUGACCCCGGAGUUGGUGGUCGACAUGUCCUUUGCACCCAGGGCCGGUGAAGCGAGGGUGCAGCAAGGAGAAUCCUUUGGAAACUGGUUGUGUUGGGUAUCACCAUGUUCGAGAUUUUGCAAGGAGGACAUGUUUCAUACCCAUUCUUCUCCGCCGGACGAGGGGGAUCCAGAUCUUCUCCUGGAAAAUCCAGAUGACGUCGUGGCUGUGCACCCAAACUUUUCAGGUGUAUGGCUUUGUGUUGAGGUGAUUGGUGACACCGACAGGUUCUUGGAGGAAAUGGGUUUGGAUGAGGACUUGAGGCUUGAUGCGCGCAGAAAUGAAUAUGGUGUCUAUCAACAACGGCAGAAAAUCAACCAGACAGGUCUGUGGCUUGAGAUUGCGAAUGAAUUGAAGGCACAAGUAAAAAGUGUAUUCCGCAUUGGUGGUGGUGUGCAGUCCUGCAGAGAUCACUCGGGGAGGUCUCCUCUGCUAUGGCCUGAAGUGCGAGCAGGCUGCCGAUCAAGCGCUGCAGCGCAUUCAGAGCAAACCAAUAGCUCGGAUGAACUACCGCAUGUUCGACCGUUUCGAUCCCAUGAGUUUCUCCAUGGUGAAUCUCCGAAAUCUUGGCUUCGUGGUGCUUAUGCUUUGGUCAAGAAGCUUCGGAAUUGCACAACCGUGAGAAGUUGCGCCUUUUCCUGGUCUUUCCUCGCGCUUAUUUUUGGAGCCCGAAAAGGCGGGCCCUUUGAAAGCGAAGGUAGGAGGGCAGUGUGGGAGAAUUUGUGGACAGACGCUACGCAAAGAAUGAUUCACCUUCGCCAAGCAGAACUUCUGCGGGCAAAGGCGACGCGUUUGCUCAGCCCUUUUGGGGGACCGCAGGAGCGAAAGGUUCCUGAUGAGGGCUCGUCUGUGUUGUUACUGUCGGCCCAUUCUGCCGGCUACUUCCAAGAGCCUUUCGUUGCGCCCUUUGUUCGCCAGCUCGAAUGCUAUGCCUUUGCACGAGGUAUGCAAUUUGCAGCUGAUGGUGGGCCCUGGCCAUUGCGCCAUGUGCCCUUGGGCCGCACAGGCCACUACUUUUGGGUUGGCCACUGGCAUAGUACAAAGAUAGGUGCUGAUGGUGCAGUUGAACAAGAAAAAUGGGAGGAGGACCACUUGAAAUAUGUCGUGACUCUGGUUGAAGAUUUGCAACAGUACCAGCUCAGCAGAGCGGUGGAGCUUGCAUCCCUUGAGAAUUUUGUGACUAUCUAUUUUGAUGACCCGGGCAAGCAGACCAAGAUUUGGUCUAUUGAACGCCAGCUGGACAAGCAUGUCAUGAUGGUCCUGUACCUUGAUGUGGAUGUGACAAUACGACCUGACAGUCUGCAAUGGGGUUUGAUCCCAUUCUUGGUCCCACAGUCGCAUUCCCACCGUCCCGGUGAUGUGUUUGUUCGAGACUCAUGGCCUGGAAUUGAGUGCCUGAACAGCGGAUUCUUGGCACUCCGCAAUACCAGAGCAUCCCGAUUGCUCCUGGAGCUGUGGCGACAAAAGACGCGAUGGGCAGCAUCCUGGGACCAGAGUGCUUUAGCCGAGUCGAUCUUGGAACUGGUAGGCAUGGAAAUGCAGCUGCUGGGAAAGCGUGGAUACAACUCGGAAUGCCUGCGAUUUCUUCUUCCACUUCCGAAUGGCGUUUUUCCCUAUGGCAUGUAUUGCGAUUGCUGGCAGUCCGUCCUCAGUGACAUGAUUGGACCACAUCGGAAACGUCGCAGCCGGAUUGUGACUUUUGUGGAUCCAGAGCGCAUUGAUGUAAACUUCGUCCCGAACGACUUCUUUUACGCGCAUGGGUUUGAUCUUGCGGAGAUGCAUCUGGUUUCCAGGGCAAACGCGUCGACAAUGAACCCGCUUAUCGUGCAUUGGGCCACGCAUCUGAGACCUCCAAACCUGUCAUGA